CCGUAACCGAAUUUCGAGACGACGACCGGUGUUGGCGAGCGUGUCGCCUGUAUAUUUCGCAGUAUCGUGGUUAUAUCUACUAUUCAUAGUUGUUACAUCUUAGUGCUACUGCGGCAUUUGCCACGUGCAGAUCAAAGUUAUAAGUACCAGAUACAAUUAUUUUGAAGAUUUUUGAUAAACAUGACACCUCAACCUGUUUCUUUGUGCGCCGGAGAUGAGCUUCAUCCAGACAGGACGUUCGUCAACAUUAAAGAUGUGGACAGUUCUUACGCUGGAAAGAAUGUGUGGAUCAGAGCAAGGUUGCAUACAAGCAGAGGCAAGGGCAAAACUUGUUUUGUUGUAUUUAGACAACAGUACCAUACAAUACAAGGCUUAGCUGUUGUUGAUGAUAAAAACAUCACCAAACAAGUUGUGAAAUUCAUUUCUGGAAUAAGCAAAGAGUCCAUAAUCGAUGUACAUGCUAAAGUUCAAAAUGUUCCUAAGCCUGUUGAGUCUUGUACCCAAAAAGAUGUUGAAUUACUCAUCGAAGAGUUUCUUGUUGUGAGUCUGGCAGAACCCCAAUUGCCAUUACAAAUUGAAGAUGCUGCAAGACCUGUGACUGAAGAUGAUGAAAACAAUUUAAACAUCAAAGUAAAUCAAGAUACAAGAUUAGAUAACAGAGUACUGGAUCUCAGAACACCUGCCAAUCAAGCUAUCUUUAGAUUGGAAGCUGGAGUUUGCAAACUUUUCAGAGAUGUUUUGACAGAAAAAGGAUUUGUAGAAAUUCAUACUCCAAAAAUUAUAUCUGCUGCUAGCGAAGGAGGUGCUAAUGUAUUUACUGUUUCAUACUUUAAAGGUUCUGCAUACUUAGCUCAAUCUCCUCAGUUAUAUAAACAAAUGGCUAUUGCUGCUGAUUUUGAAAAAGUUUUUACUGUUGGUGCUGUAUUCAGGGCUGAAGAUUCUAAUACUCACAGGCAUUUGACAGAAUUUGUUGGUCUUGAUUUGGAAAUGUCAUUCAAAUAUCAUUAUCAUGAAGUUAUGAAUACUAUUGGACAACUGUUUACUGAAAUAUUCAAAGGUCUGCAAACUUCUUACCAAAGUGAAAUUGAAAUUAUUAAUCAACAAUAUAAAGUUGAACCAUUCAAGUUUUUGGAUCCGCCACUCAAACUUGAGUUUCCUCAAGCAGUCAAGUUACUGAGAGAAGCUGGAGUAGAAAUGGGCGAUGAAGAUGAUUUAUCAACACCUAGUGAAAAGCUUUUAGGAAAAAUUAUCAAGGCUAAAUAUGAUACUGACUUUUACAUGCUUGAUAAAUAUCCAUUGGCAGUCAGACCCUUUUAUACAAUGCCUGACCCUAACAACCCUAAAGUUUCUAAUUCUUACGACAUGUUUAUGAGAGGUGAAGAAAUUAUAUCCGGAGCCCAAAGAAUUCAUGUUCCUGAAUUAUUGAUUGAAAGAGCCAAACAUCAUGGAGUAGAUAUAGACAAAAUCAAGUCAUAUAUCGAUGCUUUUAGAUAUGGAUGCCCACCCCAUGCUGGUGGUGGAAUUGGAAUGGAACGUGUUGUAAUGCUUUAUCUUGGAUUAGAUAAUAUUCGCAAGACAUCUCUGUUUCCUCGUGACCCUAAGCGAGUUACACCUUAAAAAGAUAAAAGCCAUCUUACAUAUUGAAUUUAUUCAUUGCCUAAAUACCAGGAAGAAAAAUUUUUAAAAGAAACCAGACUUGUAAAAAAUUAUGAUAAAUUCAUAAUUUUUACAGAAAUUGGCUCUAAGACAAUUACUUUGUUCCAUGUAAUAUUUUAUGAAAUGUUUAUACAAAAAAUAAAGUGUUAAUGAUAUAAAAAUAA